AUGUCGCUCAAGAAGGCGACGUUCAAGCAGCGCGCCCGCAAGAACGAGAUGAAGGAGCGGCACCGCGUCGCCUCCGAGGUGCGGAAGCGCAUGCGCGCGGCGAAGCGCCGGCACAAUCGCUACGACGGCAUCGACAGCGGCUCACGGCCUCUGGAGGCGCUGGUGGAGGAGAUCGCGGCGGGGUCCGCGGCACCGACGCGGGAGGUGACGUUUGAUCCGCGCAGCCUCACCGAUCUUCUGCUGCGCCCCGUCGAGGGGGAGAAGGGCGCCAACGGCAGCAAUCGACUUGCGCUGCCAGAGACGCCUCUUCCAGAGGAUCAUCCGCUCAGUCUGCCAACGGUGCAACUGGACGAGAGGGAUGGUGUCAGAGACGGAACAGGCGGUUCUACCGCGGCCAACAAGAAUCAGUACCGACACCACGGUGACCCUUACCUCUUUUGGGAACGCGUGGGCUUGCACCCUUUGCUGCUAGGUGCCCUGAGGAGCAUGCGCUUUGCGCAUCCGACGCCUGUGCAGGAAGAGGUUCUCCCCAGCGUCCUCUUCCAGGGUGGUGGUGAGGAGGCGGUGGCGGGUGCGACAUCGUCCAGGAAGGGAAGCAAAAAGCAGCGUGGAUGCGGGAAGGACGUCAUCAUCUCAGCGGAAACAGGAAGUGGGAAAACUCUGGCCUUCGCGCUGCCCAUAUUGCAUCAAAUCCUCUCCAAAAUGCCUUCCAACGAGCACUCAGUCACUAAUGAGAGAGAAACCGUUGAAAAUGACGGGGAAGCGAAAGAAGAACGGAAGGAGAAGAGACCCACUAAGAAAAGAGUAGAAACAGGCAAAAAGUUCGUCCCGGUAAAGGAGGGCGGUGCGAGCGACGACGUCAAGAACAGCGGUAGCGGAGUUCGAAAGCGGGUGCGGGACGAGACCCCAGGGAAGGUUGAGGAGGCCUCUUCUCCCACUAUGCCAGCCGCAGUUCCCAAAGAACGACUGAUGCAAGCACUUAUUAUUUCCCCUACACGUGAAUUGGCUCUGCAAAUCAACGAGGCCUUUCUCCAGCUAACUCAACAUGCACGGCACGUGGUUAUUGGUUGCGUAGUUGGUGGUAUGGCUCCGGAGAAGCAGCAGCGCGUGUUGAACCGUCACCCACAUGUGCUGAUAUGUACUCCUGGUCGACUUUGGGAGCUUGUUCAAAAGAAUGAGGGUUGCUAUCUUGGUCACAGUAUAAGCCGCCGUCUUUCCUUUGUGGUGCUCGAUGAGGCGGAUAAACUUCUUCAAUCCGGACGGUUUGAGGAGCUCAAGAAUCUGCUGGAACGUAUUCACUGUGAGGUGUUGCCUGCUGGCUUCGUGCAGGAGCGUGAGGAGGGGGCUGAGGCGGCAGAGAUGGAGCUUGAGGCGGGACGCUGGGACGACGAGGCACAGAAGUUUGUGCCGUUCUCCAAAAAUAAGGAAAAGGACACCAACGCGGCCGGGGAUCCCCACGAACAGCAGCAGCGUCGACGGAAAGACGUCCCACGCCCUAUUCCCAUGCCACCCAACCCAGCAGAAGGGCAUCGCACUGUCACGUUUGUCACCAGUGCCACCCUCUCGCUCCAGACGAACUACGAGCGGAAAGAUCUUCGGGCUAAAAAGACGGUUAUCCGCACGACAAACGCCGACACCAUGGCGACGGUUCUUCAGCAGCUGGAGAUUAAGCCCUCAAACGCCAAAGUGUUUACCUUCUCACCCAAGGCGGAUGUUACGGCAAAGAUACAAGAAACUUACCUGCGUUGCCCAGGCGAUAGUAAGGAUCUCUACCUCUAUUACUUCCUCAAGAUGUACCAUGAACGCACAAUUGUGUUUGUGAACGCCAUAUCUAUGCUUCGUCGUCUGGUGAAGUUGCUGGAGGUGCUUGGAAUCCCAGUGGCGGGCCUACACGCCUCGCUCCAGCAGCGACAACGUUUGAAGUACAUUGACAAAUUUAGGAAGGGUGAGAAACGUGUGCUAGUGGCGACAGACAUUGCCUCCCGCGGCUUGGAUGUUGAGGGGCUAAAGCACGUUAUUCACUUUCAAGUCCCCCGUUCCACGGACGCUUACAUUCACCGCUGUGGUCGUACGGCGCGUUGUGGCGGCACUGGCCUUUCGAUUCUGAUGAUCAACGCGCAGGAGCACGUCUCCUUCCAAAAAUUGAUGGACUCGCUGGGGCGAGGCACAAGUGAGAUGGAGAUGUUUGCCCUCCAACCAACCAUUGUGCAUCAGCUUCACUCGCAUGUAAAGGUGGCGAUGCAAAUUGACAAGCUACAGAAGGAAAUUGAUAAGUCGCGGGCGCGGAAUAAUUGGGCACACCGUAUGAGUCGUGAGGCGGAUAUAGAGGUGGAUGACAUGGUGGACGACGAGGCGGACAAUGAGAAUCGGGCAAAGGAAAAGGCCAUCAAGGUGCUCCAGAAGAGGUUGGAACUGCUUGUCAAAAAGGACAUGGGCACUGCGGGUGGCAAGGGAGGAUUCCGCACCAGCGCGCAGGCUCUUGGGGCAAGGAGUGCUGAAUCAAAACUGGUCGAGCGUGCCACUAUGCAAGUUACGCAGGCGAAACACAAAAAAAAGCAGCUGCGCAGGGCUCAUAGCUAG